CUGUGUUAGUGUAUAUUAGUCUAUGCUGAUUUUGCCAUCAUUGUGUUAAUGUGAUCUGUUGGGUCUUAAACUAUUUUUCUUGCUGUCUAUCUUGGACGCGUCUCUCUUUCAAAAGAGAUUUUGAAAAUCAGUGAGUCUAACCUGGUUAAAUAAAGGUUUAAUAAUAAUGCAGAACAUGAACACACACAUGUGCUUCUUAUAGUGAUGAAUGAAUCAUAGCAGGUGUCUCCAGCAGCCACAUAAGACUGUGAGCAGGAAACCUGCCUUCUGUUAACAGAAAGGACAGUGUAUGUGUGGGAGUGACCAUGUACAGGUUUGUGACAUCUCACAAACACAUCUCCAACUUCUGCAGACCCAGACCUCGCUCACUGACCUCUUGCUGGAUUAUCUAAAGGAUCUCAGUGAUGACGAGUUGAAGGAGUUUAAAUUGCGUCUCCCAGUGAAUAAAGAGUUAAAGCCCCUUCCCAAGGGUCAGAUGAAAACCUCGGGCAGAACAGACUUUGCCGAAAUGAUGAUGAAUUCCUACAGUAAAGCCGGGGCUCUCAAAGUCACGCUUGAGAUCCUGAAGAAGAUGAACCUGAAUGACCUUGCUCAGAGACUGAAGGAAGACCUGCAGAAGUGUAAGCAAGCAGGAAGUGAGCAGAGUGACAUGUUGGAGACGAGGCAACUCAUGUUGCACAAAAUAAAAUGUUCCUUGAAAGAGAAAUUUGAGUGUGUGUAUGAAGGAAAAGCUAAGGAAGGACAGCGAAUACUUCUCAGUGAGAUUUACACAGAACUCUACAUAACUGAAGGUGGGACUGGAGCAGUCAAUGAGGAACAUGAAGUGAGACAGAUUGAAACAGCAUCCAAGAAAAGGCGAACAGAAGAUACUACAGUCAAGUGCAAUGAUAUAUUUAAACCCUUAUGUGGGCGUGAGACACCUAUCAGAACUGUACUCACUAAAGGGGUGGCAGGUAUCGGGAAAACAGUCUCUGUGCAGAAAUUUAUUCUCGACUGGGCAGAAGGAAAAGCAAACCAGGAUGUUCACUUCAUAUUUGCUCUUCCUAUCCGGGACCUGAAUUUGAUUAAGGGUGAAUACAGUCUGAUUGAACUGCUUCACCGCUUUGUCCCAGAACUGAAAUCAGUUGAAUCUGCUGAGCUGUUUAGGUACAAAGUCUUGUUCAUCUUUGAUGGUCUGGAUGAGUGUCGCCUUCCUCUGGAUUUUCGGAACAAUGAGAGCUGGUUUGAUGUAACAACAAAAAUGUCACUGGAUCUGCUGUUGACUAACCUCAUUAAGGGGAAUCUGCUCCCAUCCGCUCUCCUCUGGAUAACCUCCCGGCCAGCAGCAACCAAUCAGAUACCUGCUAAGUAUGUCCAUCAGGUGACAGAGAUACGAGGGUUCAGUGAUGCCCAGAAGGAGGAGUAUUUCAAGAAGAGAUUUAAUGAUCAGAGCCUGGCCAGCAGGAUUAUCACACAUGUGAAAUCAUCAAGGAGCCUCUUCAUCAUGUGCCACAUACCUGUGUUCUGUUGGAUUUCAGCCACUGUGUUUAAAAGGCUUUUUACUGAGAAUGACAGGGGAGAAAUUCCAAGGACUCUGACUGAAAUGUACACACACUUCCUGAUUCAUCAGGCAAGUUUUAAAAAAGACAAGUAUAUGAAAAACUAUGAAAGCAAGCUAAAUGAAAACAGCAAGGAAUUCCUUUUGAAACUUGGUAAAUUGGCUUUUGACAACCUUGAGAAAGGCAAUCUCAUAUUUUAUGAGCAAGAUCUGACAGAGAAUGACAUUGAUGUCACUGAAACUUCAAUUUACUCUGGAGUGUGCACAGAAGUCUUUAAAGAGGAGUAUGGGUUGUACCAGGAGAAGGUGUACUGCUUUGUGCAUCUGAGCAUCCAGGAGUAUCUCGCUGCUUUAUAUGUGUUUCUGUCAAACUCAUCAGCUGACCUGCUGAAGACUGCAGUGAAUGAGGCAUUAGAGAGCAAGAAUGGACACUUGGACCUCUACCUCCGCUUCCUCCUGGGCCUCUCAACAGACUCCAGUAAGACACUGUUACAAAGGCUACUGGGGCCGACAAAAACCAGCUCACAUAAUAUUAGGAGUACAGUGAAAUACAUCAAGGAGAAAAUAAAGGAGAAUUUAUCUCCAGAAAGGACCAUCAACCUGUUCCACUGUCUGACUGAGCUGGGUGACAAUUCUCUAGUAGAGGAAGUACAAAGAUACCUGAAUUCAGGAAACAUUUCAGUAGAUGACCUCUCACCUGCACAAUACUCAGCUCUGGCCUUUGUGAUGCUGAUGUCAGAUGAGGAGCUGGAUGUGUUUGACCUGAAGAAAUACAUCAGAUCAGAUGAAGAGCACUGCAGGCUGCUGCCUGUGGUCAAGAACUCCAGGACGGCUCUGCUGAACAGCUGUGAUCUCAUAGAUAAACACUGUGAAGUGCUGUCUUCAGCUCUCAGAUCAAACUCCUCACCCCUGAGAGAGCUGGACCUGAGUGACAAUGACCUGCAGGACUCAGGAGUGAAGCUGCUCUCUGCUGGACUGGGGGACUUACACUGUAAACUGGAGAUACUGAGGCUGUCAGGCUGUAGAGUCACAGAAGAAGGCUGUUCUUCCCUGGCUUCAGCUCUGAAGUUAAACCCCUCACACCUGAGAGAGCUGGAUCUGAGCUACAAUCACCCAGGAGAUUCAGGAGUGAAGCUGCUCUCUGCUGCACUGGGGGAUUUAUACUGUAAACUGGAGAUACUGAGGCUGUCAGGCUGUAGAGUCACAGAAGAAGGCUGUUCUUCCCUGGCUUCAGCCCUGAAGUUAAACCCCUCACACCUGAGAGAGCUGGAUCUGAGCUACAAUCACCCAGGAGAUUCAGGAGUGAAGCUACUCUCUGCUGUACUGGAGGAUCUCAGCUGUAAACUGGAGAAGCUGCAGGUGGGCCGGUGUGAACUCACAGAGAAAUGCUGUGAGGCACUGGCUUCAGCUCUCAGAUCAAACUCCUCACCCCUGAGAGAGCUGGACCUGACUGACAAUGACCUGCAGGACUCAGGAGUAAAGCUGCUCUCUGCUGGACUGGGGGACUUACACUGCAACCUGGAGAUACUGAGGUCAGUCUGACUGGGUAUUCCACACUGUAAACUGGGGGUAGUGAGGUGAGUAUUACUGGGUAUUUCACACUGUACGCUGGAAAUACUAAGGUAGAAAAUAACUAAUGAUUUCAAAAUAAAGCAGGAGUAUCUAAGUCUAGGGGUUGACUUAAAAAAUAACAUUAGAUUUGCUACAGUAAGUGGAAUGUCGAAAGUAAGACUGCAUUGGAGGUUAAGGAUGACAUUAAAAGUUUCUUCCAAUAUUUUAACUCCAAAAGAGCUCUAAAAGCUGAAAUCACUCAUCUGCAGGAUAGUAACGGCCUUAUAAUUGAAAAUGAAAAUUGAUAUAGUAAAUGAGUUUAAUGAUUAUUUUACACGGGUGUUCACAGUAGAGGGCAUGAUUAACUUACCACCAUUUAGUACAAAUACAGUGUUGUAUAUAAACAAUAUACAGUCCCUCCACAAUUACUGGCCCCCUUGUAAAGAUUUGUAAAAAGGGUUAGAAAAAAAUCCACCUUUUGGCGAAGCAGCUUCAUCU